AUGGAUGCAAAAAGAAGAAGGUCCUCGUUAGCUGACUUCAUUAAAACAGAACGCAUAAAGCGAAACGAAACCGCUGUAGAGGACAUUAAAAGUGACGUUAAUAACAGACAAGUAAUAAGUGAAGAUAAAACUAAAAUUGAAAGACGCACGAGUCAGCUGUCCACAAUUGAUGAUAACAGAACACUAGAUGAAGAGACAUCGGCUUUGUAUCCGCUUCGCAUCAGGCGGGAACAAACACGACAUAGCCGUAACUCAAAAUGGUACGACGAAUCCCGCAAAAACGCCAUACAAAACGUCAUAGACAAAGAGUUAUGCGGUAUUGCGCCAGAUGAACCCAACAUAGAUCAUAUACCCCGUGGGUUUGCCAAACGUCGCCGCUUUUCUGUGAUUCAAGACAAUGAAGGGAGCAGUUUCACCAAAGAAGACAAAUUAAGGGCUCUUGAGGAAGAAGGAGGUAAUCAGAGCAGGAGUUUAAAAAGCGGGCGUAGCCGAAGGACAAGCAGGUCAACAAGGACCCUCAACUCCAUUCCUUCCUCUUCUUACCCUGGGAGUAGGUCGGGCUCAGUGAAUUAUGAUGUUCAGCAAGAAUCGAUUUCCAAAAGUAAAGGGUUGCGGCAAGAAUCUAUAUUGAUGAAAAAUGAUAGAAAUUUUGAAGACCUUUGGUUAUCGGAAACUGCAAAACAAGAUCAAGAUCGAACAAUUGAGAGAGACGUUAAGGACGACCAGGUAAUCAGGGUUGAAAUAACAAGAGGAAAAAGUGGGAGGAAGCAAAAUAACGUCGUUAUAUUGCAGGUAGGAGAGCCAGCUAAAGAAAAUAAAGACAAGGAAUCUGAUGGUCGUCAUGGUGAUAUAGAUCGAUUACAGGUUUCAGUUGAAUCUCAUUUCGAAGAUGGUCAAACCAAAAAAACCAACAAUGCAGACAUAAAUAAAAGAGCAACGUACAAUGUUAAAUCAGGAGGUUUUAGAAAUAGAGAAUCAUUCAAAAAUGUCGACGACAGAAAUGAAUUAAGUGGAAAUCCUAAAGAAACGAAAACGAAAGAUAAUAGAGAAACCAUAGAAAGUGUGACUCCAAAUGUGUCGUCAGGCAAAGUCACCGCGAUUAAUGACAGCGAAAAUAUAUCACACAAAGACCCAAAGGAGAUUCUAUCAACAGAAAAAGUACACAAAAAUCCAAAGGAGAUAGCCUCUACACAAGAGGUUCCAUCUACAAAUAAAGAGCCAAAGGGAAUUUCAUCUACAAAUACAUCACAGAAAUAUUCAAUAGAGAUUCUCUGUCCAAAUACACACAAGGACCUAGAGGAUAUAUCCCCUACGAUAUCACAAAAAGACCCAAAGAAUAUUUCCUCUACAAAUACAUCACUCAAAGACCCAAAGGAGAUUCUCUCAACAGAUACAUCACACAAAGAUACAAAGGAGAUUCGCUCUAGAUAUACAUCGCUCAAAGACCCCGAGGAGAUUUCCCCCACAGAUGCACCACUCAAAGAUCAAAAAAGUAUUUCCUCUAAAACACCAGACAAAGACCCUCAAGAGAUUCCCUUAACAAAUACACCACAAAAUGACAAAAAGAAAAUUUCCUCUAAUGCAUCAUACAAAGACCCUCAGGAGAUUCCUUCGACAAAUACUUCACACAAAGAGCCAAAGAAGACUUCCUCUACAAAUACAUCACUCAAAGACCAAAAAAAGAUUUCUUCAAGAGCAUCAUACAAAAAUCCAAAAGAGACUCCCUCUAAUCCAUCACACCAAAAGGGCAUUUCCUCCAUAAAUACGUCACGGAAAGACCCAAACAAGAAUCCCUCAACAAAAACGUCACAUAAAGACCCAAAGAAGAUUCCCUCUGCAAAUACGUCACAGAAAGAGUCAAAGAUGAUUCCCUCUAAAAAUACAUUACUCAGAAAUCCAAAGGAGAUCCAUUUUACAAAUACAUCACAAAAUGAACCAAAGGAGGUUCCCUCCACGAAUACGUCACACAAAGACCCAAAGGAGAUUCUCUCUACAAAUAUAUCAAAGAAAGAUUCAGUGGAGAUUCUCUCUACAAAUGGAUCAUUCAACGAACCAAAGGAUAUUCCCUCCACAUAUACGUCACACAACGACCGAAAGGAGAAUCCUUCUAAUAUAUCGCAUGAAAAGGAGAUUCCCUCAAUAAAUAUGUCACACAAAGACCCAAACGAAAUUUUCCCCACAAUUAAAUCAUCUGAAGUGGUUCAUACACAGAGUAGAGAUAGUUCUUGUGAUGACAGAUCUGGAGAUGAGGAUCAAAGACACGCAUCGAAUCAUCUUAAACAUGUCCAACUAUUGAAUGAUCGAGAAACCAACACUAGCGAGACACAAUUGUCACCAGACACAAAUAAAGUCUAUCAAACUGAUGGUUCAUCGCAGGAUAUCACAACAACAGAUGUAGGUGAUCCAAAUGGUGGUGAAAGCGAAAAAAUAACAUUAAAACAAAAUAAAUUAGAUAUAAAACAUACAAAUGGUAUGAAACUCACAGAUAAUGAAAAGCUGAAUGAGAGCUCAGUUCCACAAUCAAGAGAAGUGAACUCCGAGAAUCAAGAUAAAAACGUUAUUUCCAACACACAGACGGAAUUAAAUAUUUACAAUGUCUCAGACAAACAAGGAAAUAAGACUUUAGAUCUUCCAGAAGCUACUGCUGUCUAUAGUUCAAAGUGUUCAUCUAGAAUGUCAAAAAUUAGUAACGACGACUACAGAUCGCUGGCGGCAAGUAUGAAGUCUUUGAUGAAGGAGGAACAAGAAUGCUCUGAAAUGUUCGUGAGAUCGCUGCAAGAUGUGAGAACUUAUAACGCCAAACUAUACAAAAAUCCUAAAUCACGUCAGUUUAGCGAAGUAGCAGUUCUCGAAAGAUGGCUUAAGAGCCAGGAGAUUCAACAAACACGAACAGAAAACUCAAAACAGGCUAUGGAAGAAUCUUUUCCAAAGAAAAUACAGAUUUAUUCAGAAAAUGACAAACAUUACGAAAGCGAAGGAGAGGAGAGUCAAGACUUACAAAGAGGAAAAAGACCUAGUGAAAAUGAUGGGAAGGAGAGCCCAGACAUACAAAAAGGAAAAGGACCUGGUGAAAGCGAUGGGAAAGAGAUGGAAAAUAUAGACUACAAAGGACAAGAUAUGAGUUUUAAACAAAAUCUUCAUGUACCAGUCGAGGAAAAUGAAACACAUCUAGAAAAUAAGGGCUGUGAAGACCAAAAACGGAAAGAAGAACCUCAUCCUGAACUAAACGUUAACAAGAGCAAUGGUGAAAAUCUGGGAAAGAAAAGUUCUACCCGAAGAGAAAUACUAGAGAAAGAAAAUCCUGAUUUACCAAGCGAGAACAAUGAUGAAGAAAUGGAAAAUAAAAGCUCACAUCGAAAAGAAGUGAUGGCUGAAAGGAAUCUUGAUGUAUCAAACCAAAACAAGGAACCCAACAAAAUAGAUCAUGAAAAUAAAGUUUGUGGAGAAAAAGCAACAAAUGAAGUAGAAAACCGCUAUGUAUCAAAUAAUAACAUGGAAAAAGAUCUGAAAAAUUGCAAAAAUGAACGAAAAGAAACGAGGUUGGAAGUGUAUUCUGCUAUGCCGUACAUGAAAAAUGAAGUGGACUUUGAAAAUCUAGAACAUGAACGAAAGGACUCGAGGAUGACUGUUCAUUCUAAUGUACAAGACGAGGAGAGUGACACAGAGAUGGAAAACGAAAGCAAAAAAGGAAAAGACACGAAGGUGGAAGAAAAUCCCGAUGUAUCAAAUCAGAGUAAGGCUAUAGAAAAGAAUUUAAAAGGUUUGAUUAUCGAGGAAAAUCACUUAAAUAAAGAAGAAAAAACAAGCAAUCUAGAAGUAACGAAAAAUUCAACAGGCAACAUUGAUGAUUUGGUAGAACGAUCAAACGAUAGUUCCGAAUCAGAGGAAGAAUUAACUAACCAUUUUGUUGAAAAGCAAGUUCAGUCUACAGAUCCCAACAUCCAUAAUAAUCAGAUGUCCGCUGAAACACAGAGUGAGUGUUUCGGUAUAAACGACUCUUGCUUAAAUGACGAAAGUCUCCAAGAUAUCAGAGCAAACGGGCACACGAAAAAUAUAGAUGACACAAAGAAUGAAAGCAACGAAUCAAAAGAUACACCAAAGAAUGAAAAUGCUGUAGAGUUUGCAACAUUGGUAAAAACAAACAAGACAGGUGAUCAAGAAGUUUAUGAUUGUGAAAAAGUCAUAGGCACUCAGGAUGGGGCAUUUACAGACAACCUCGAAGACAAAGCAUUUCACAAUGAAAGUAGUUUUGACAAUGAAGCAAAUCUAAAGACUUCAAAUCCAAGUGAAGAACAUUCUAAGAUUAAUUCUGAAAAAUUUGAAACUGAACAAGAUAUUUCUAGCUUCCUAGAUAACCAACGAUUAGAACAGGGGGAUGACAAACUCAGUCCUAAAAGAGUGGAAGAUAUCAAUUCAACAGAGUCUGAAAGAGUUAACGAAGAAGUGGAACAGAACAAUAAUGAAUUUCCAUAUGAACUGUCGUGUCUAAAUCGUAACCUUGAAAUAGCAGAUACUCCAGUCAAACUUGAUCCCUCUCCUACAAGUGAUGAAUCCAAAUCUCGUAAAUCGAGCCCAAAGAGGAUUGAGAUUCUUAUAAGAGACGAUGACAAAAGUCGAGAGAAUGAUCUUACGGUAGUGAUUGAGCUGCCCACUGAUGGAAGUAAUGUUGCUGAAAAGCACAACUCAUCUGAGGUGAAAGAGCAAUCCUGUCAGACAGACACUGAAAUCAACCCAGAAAAGACGACUGUGUUACCGCCACUAAAGUGUGAGCCUCCACUAGUUCAAAGAAGGGAAAGAUCAUUUAUUAGAUUGCAUCACGAGACGACUAGUCUCAGAGAGGAGCUUGAUCCCGAUGUUCUUUACUUCAUCAAACAAGCAGAGAGGAGACAGAGGUCCAAAGUGGAUGAUAUUUUGAGAGAACUUUACCAGAUGAAGCAUGCAGAUGUUCUUAGGUCUCCACAAAAGACUUGUCUCGACUUCUCUGGGGUACUUGAAAGCCACCCCCGUUUUUUCUACGGAUACAGUUGUGGCGACUUUGAGAGCAUGGUGAUCAAAGCGAACAAAUUUGACAAUAAUGUCCGCCGAUAUCUAGGGUAUACUAAAAGAGCUGACAGACUUCAAAAUAUAGAACAUUCAAAAAAGUAUAGGGCUUACAUGGAUCUCCGAAAAAAGCUUAAGCAUUUAUACUGA